AUAAUGAACACCAAAAGGGCAUUAGCAAUCGUUUAUAAGUAGCAUACAUUGGAAAAACAUUGCUCAUUUUUGAAGGCGAAUCGGCGGAAUCGAUAUCAUUCCAUUACAAAAUGCAGACAGACAUUCUAAAAUUUUAUCAAAACAAAACGGUGUUUGUCACUGGAGGUACUGGGUUCCUGGGAAAAGUGAUUAUUGAGAAACUGCUGCGUUCCACAGAUGUAAAGCGUGUAUAUUUUUUGGUAAGGACCAAGAGGAAGGAAAAUGUGGAAGGACGUUUCGAGGCAUGGAAAAAAGAACCGGUUUUUGAGGCCCUACUGAGAGUCAAACCAAAGGCUCUACACUUGGUGACGCCCAUUUCUGGGGACUGCAGUGAACCGGGUCUGGGGCUCAGCGAAGGAGAUCGCAGAGUCCUGACUACCGAGGUGCAUGUGAUCAUCCACAGUGCCGCCUCCAUCCGCUUUGUGGAGCCCCUCCACAACGCUCUAAAAAUCAAUACACGUGCCACGCGCCUAAUGAUCCAGCUGGCCAAGGAGAUGCAGUGCCUCGAGGCCUUCGUGCAUAUCUCCACGGCCUUCUCCAACUGCCCCAAGGAUCACAUAGAGGAGCGUUUCUAUCCGGAACUGCUGACGCUUCCGGCGAACAAGGUGCUUGAAUUCAACGAGACUUUGAGCCCAGAGCUGUUGAACAAUAUUGCUCCCGGUUUGAUGGGCCAAUUUCCGAAUACCUACACAUAUACGAAAGCUCUGGCCGAGCAGGUAGUCCAGAUGGAGGCUCAGGAUCUGCCUAUCUGCAUUUUUCGUCCUGCCAUUAUUUUAGCCAACUUUAAGGAGCCGAUGUCGGGAUGGAUUGACAAUCUUCACGGAAUCGUAGCCUUAAUUUACGGCAAUGCUCACGGGAUCCUCCGCCUACUGUAUGUCAAUCCCAAGGCGGAGGCGUUAUUAGUUCCUGGCGACUAUUGCGCAAACGUGGCCCUGGCUUCCGGAUGGCAUGUGGCCAAAAGAACUCUUCAACCGAACUCGUCACCGGCGGUAAGGAAUCCGCCAUCCAUCUACACCCUCGCCACGGCCAAAUCGAAUCCGAUUACUUUUGGAGAAGGAGUGAAGUUGGGAAUCGCACGUAACCAUAAGAUUCCGGUCACCAAAACAAUUUGGUUUCCAUUCGCCCACUUCACCACCUGUCCUUGGCUAUUUAAGUUGGGGUGUAUAUUCUAUCAUCUGCUGCCUGGUUAUCUGUUUGAUCUUCUCCUACGGAUUCAAGGCAAAAAGUCCAUCCUGAUAAAGAGUUAUCACAAGAUCCACGAAGCACUGGUGCUGCUGUACCCCUUUAGUGGAAAAACAUACAUUAUGGAUAUGAAAAAUACCAACCAGAUGUGGAAGUCUAUGUCACCGGAAGAUAAGGCAAUAUUUCCCUUCGAUAUGGCCAACCUGAACUGGGAGGAGUACUUCAAAAGAAUUCUGACCGGCAUGCGCGUGUUCCUCUUCAAAGAGUCCUGGGAUACCUUGGAACAGGCCAAGCGGAGACUAUUCAGAUUUUACUUAAUGCAUCGCGCUUUUCAACUGCUAAGGAGUAUAAACUUAAGGAAAUUCAGUGGGUGAUACAUUAGCAAGAUUCAACUCCUUAUCUCAAUUACACUAGUUAUAAUUUAAGUAUUAGAUAAAAAACAUGCAACAUUUCAGUUCGGCCAACUACGAAAUAUUUGCAGUGCACUCAACAGCUGAGUGGCGUUCAAGCCAUGGAUAAUGCGGAGACAACAACAAACCAGGUAGAUUGGCGGGCAGGUGUAAAAUUUCGGAACACGCACACUCUGGUGAUUGUAAAUUCUGAAUUUUAUAUAGACAUCGAGAGUGCAUAGAUUGGCAGAGCUGCUAAGUUAGACAUUUCCAA